AUGUCUGACGCUAGAUUUCAAAUGUUAUACGCGGGUCAUUUAAUGGAUCGAAAUACAAAUUCGAUGGAUGAUCCGCGAGUUCCAUUCAAGCCAGAUGAUUGGCAAGUUGAGGUUUUAGAUGUAAUUGAUAAAAACGAAUCUGCAUUAAUUUGUUGUCCAACUUCAUCGGGAAAAACUUUCAUUUCAUUUUAUGCGAUGGAAAAAGUUCUUCGGGAAAGUGAUGAUGGAAUUUUAGUAUAUGUUGCUCCUACUAAAGCUUUGGUUAAUCAAGUAACAGCUGAGAUUUAUGGUCGUUUUAAGAAAAAUUAUAAACACGGCAACAAAACAACCUGGGGUAUAUAUACUCGAGAAUAUCGCGAAAAUCAUGAGAAAUGUCAAAUUCUUGUAACGGUCCCACAAAUACUUGAAAUAUUAGUCUUAUCUCCGCAACGUAUUUCGUGGGCUCGAAAUAUAAAAAGAAUCAUUUUUGAUGAGGUUCAUAUGAUUGGAUUAGAUGGGGAAGAACAUUAUGAUCGUUUAUUGCUAUUAAGCAAGUCUUCUCCAAUUUUAGCCCUUUCAGCUACCAUUGGGAAUCCAGAAACAUUUCAUAAGUGGAUAGCUAAAUCUAAAGAAAUUCAUGGGCCUCCAAUGAGACUCAUCAAAUCAACAAAAAGGUUUUCAGAUUUACAACCAUACGUGUAUUUGCCA